AUGACCGUCUUCAUUGCGUCCUUGUUUCUUCCAAAGACAGUCUACUUUCAGCUUCCAGAUGCCCCGAUAAAAUCCUCAAAAGGCGGCAGACUUACCCGAGCACCCACUGCCAAGCUCAACAGCAAGAACAACCAGAGACCAACUCUCGACACCCAACCGAGUCUAUUUGCUCCCCAUCCAACAAACACGCCGCCGCGCACGCCAACCGAUGAUGAAGCUGUGGAAUCAGAUGAUGGACUUUUUGUAAACGAGGAUGGUGUCCGCAUUCACAUUACUGAUGAUGACACCAUCAGUACCGGCUUUGGGCCAACCGACAAGGAAUCUCCGCUCUGGGGUGCUCGCAAGAACCAGCCCAAGUCGCGAGCUAGCUCUCCGCCUCCAGCGUCGUUGCUUGAACACUCACGAACCUUUGCCAAGGCUAAGGAAUUGGGAAGGCAGGGUGUUGUACAGCCGCGCGCACAGAGAAGCGACAGCCAUGACCGAGUAUUUGCCAAUGCAAACUGGCGCAUCGUCACAUCCGACCAAGGCAACGGAGGCCUCCGCAACGCUGCCGAUGCUGCUAGUCGCGAUGGUUACGAUGCAGAGCACACCUGGGUCGGCACACUCGGAAUGCCCGUGGAUGCUUUGGACGCAACUCAACAGCGGGACGAUAUUCACGACCGACUGGCCACCGAAUACAACAUGCUGACAGUGUUCCCUACGGACAAGGACUUUGAUGGGCACUACUCGCAUUUCUGCAAACAAAUCCUAUGGCCCGUCUUUCACUACCAGAUUCCCGACAAUCCCAAGAGCAAAGCAUACGAGGACCAUUCCUGGAAGUUCUACGUCAACGUGAAUCAAGCAUUCGCCGACAAGAUCAUUAAGAACUGGAAGCGAGGUGAUACCAUUUGGGUUCAUGAUUACCAUUUGCUACUUGUCCCGGGAAUGGUUCGUCAGAAGAUCCCCGAUGCCAAAAUUGGAUUGUUUCUUCACGUCGCUUUCCCUUCAUCCGAAGUCUUCAGGUGCCUCGCCGUGCGCAAGGAGUUGCUCGAGGGCAUGCUGGGCGCCAAUUUGAUUGGUUUCCAGAUUCCCGAGUACACUCGACACUUUUUGCAGACAUGCAGCAGACUGUUGAAGAACGUGGAAGCGACACCACAGGGUAUCCAGCUCGACGACCGCUUUGUCAAUGUCAUGAACCACGCCAUCGGCAUUGACCCCGUGAGCCUCAAUCAUCACCGCCAGGACGCUGAAGUCAAGAAGUGGAUUGAUGUUAUGAAGGACAGGUACAAGGACAAGAUGCUCAUCGUGGCACGCGACAAGCUUGAUCACGUUCGCGGCGUUCGCCAGAAGCUACUGUCCUAUGAGCUGUUUCUCAAUAAGAACCCUCAGUGGAGAGACAGGGUUGUCCUCAUUCAAGUGGCUCUCUCCUCGAGUGAGAAGUCUGAUCUUGAUGCGGCUGUCAGCGACAUUGUGACACGAGUCAACUCGGCCUAUGCCAACCUGGCAUAUCAGCCCCUCGUCUACCUCAAGCAGGAUAUCCCCUACUCCCAGUACCUCGCUCUGCUCACGAUUGCCGACGCCGUCAUGAUCACAAGUCAGCGUGAGGGCAUGAACCUAACCUCUCACGAAUUCCUCCUGUGCCAGGAUGGAAGUAUCGACGAGAAGAAGCACGGCUCCUUGAUUCUGUCCGAGUUCACAGGAACAUCAUCGCUUUUCGGAGGCAACGAACUUACAGUCAACCCUUGGAGUUAUCGCCAGUGCUCCGAAGCUAUCCUGAAGGCUUUGGAAAUGUCAGACGAGGAGAAAGCCAUGCGCUGGGGCAAGCUAUACAAGGCAGUGGAACAUCACACUGGUGGCCACUGGUUUACCGAGUUCCUGAACCAGCUCGAUCGCGUCUACGAGGAACAAGCCGAUCACGCGCAGACUUCCAUCCCACGUCUCAACUUGCAAAAGCUUGAAAAGGUCUAUGGACAGUGCCAGCGCCGCCUCUUUUUCUUGGACCUUGAGGGUACAUUAAUUCCCAACAACCCCAUGAGUUCCAUGAUUCCUAUGAAUCCCCAGCGCACAAUCUCGGUCCUGAAUGACCUGGUUGAGGAUCCCCGCAACAUGGUCUACAUCAUGUCGGCCAGACGGCCUCAGGAACUUGACCGCCUAUUCCGCUUGGUACCAAAUCUCGGUCUGAUUGCCGAGAACGGAUGCUUCAUCAAGCACGCCGUUACCGACUCCUGGGAUGAGCUCGCUGACAAGUCGUCCGUAUCUACUUGGAAGGCAUCGGUCAAUUCGAUUCUCAACUACUACCUCGAGCGUACCCCCGGCGCGGAGAUUGAGGAGCGCCACUGCUCUCUGGUCUUCCACUAUAAGGAAGCGGAAGACUUUGCCAUGGCAGAGCGCCAGGCUAGCGACUGGACUGGUCAUAUCAACGAAUCCUGCGAGAAUCAGCGAGUCCACGCUACACAGCUUGACAACUCGGUGGUUGUCGAAUCCAUUGAUUGGACAAAGCAAUCAGCCGCCGAAGUUGUCUACAAGGAGCACAUUGAGAAUGCGCCGUAUGCCGACAAGGCUGGCCCCAUUGAUUUCCUCAUGGUCAUCGGCGACGGACGCGAGGACGAGAAUGUUUUCAAGUGGGCAAACGGUCUGAAGCAGCAAAAGUCGGUGCAGAAUGUCGUCACUGUUGGCUUGAGCAGUCGCAACACUGAAGCCAAGGCCACUCUCACUCAGGGUGUGACCGGUAAGUAA